GAUGGGAGGGGAACACCAAGGCUACCCCCAACCAGAUGCCCCCCACCCUCCUCAGCUUCCCUCCCACAGCCUGGAGAGGUGAGACCAGGAAUGGAGGCUUGAAAGCCCCUGGUUGGAGGAAGGCACAAGUCCAGCAACAUGGGAGUCCGGGCAGGGGGCAAAGGAAGCAGGAACAGGCCAUCAGCCAGGACAGGUGGUAAGGCAGGCAGGAGCGUCCCUGCUGGGAAAAGGUGGGAUCAAGCACCUGAAGGGCUCUCCAGAGCUAAGACAAACACUGAGGUCGCUGCCACUCCCACAGAGCCCCUAUGCCCCGCCCAGCUAUAAGGGGCCAUGCCCCAAGCAGGGUAUCCAGGCUGCAGAGGUACCAUGGCCAAGUCACACCUGCUGCAGUGGCUGCUGCUGCUGCUGCCCACACUCUGUGGCCCAGGCACUGCUGCCUGGACCACCUCAUCCUUGGCCUGUGCCCAGGGCCCUGAGUUCUGGUGCCAAAGCCUGGAGCAAGCAUUGCAGUGCAGAGCCCUAGGGCACUGCUUACAAGAAGUCUGGGGACAUGUGGGAGCUGAUGACCUAUGCCAAGAGUGUGAGGACAUCGUCCACAUCCUUAACAAGAUGGCCAAGGAGGCCAUUUUCCAGGACACGAUGCGGAAGUUUCUGGAGCAGGAGUGCAACGUCCUCCCCUUGAAGCUGUUCAUGCCCCAGUGCAACCAAGUACUCGACGACUACUUCCCCCUGGUCAUCGACUACUUCCAGAACCAGAUUGACUCAAAGGGCAUCUGUAUACACCUGGGCCUGUGCAAAUCCCGGCAGCCAGAGCCAGAGCAGGAGUCAGGGAUGUCAGACCCCCUGCCCGAACCUCUGUGGGACCCUCUGCCAGACCCUCUGCCGGACAAGCUGGUCCUCCCCGUGCUGCCCGGGGCCCUCCAGGUGAGGCCUGGGCCUCACACACAGGAUCUCUCUGAGCAGCAAUUCCCCAUUCCUCUCCCCUACUGCUGGCUCUGCAAGGCUCUGAUCAAGCGGAUCCAAGCCAUGAUUCCCAAGGGUGUGCUAGCUGUGGCAGUGGCCCAGGUGUGCCGCGUGGUACCCCUGGUGGCGGGUGGCAUCUGCCAGUGCCUGGCUGAACGCUACUCUGUCAUCCUGCUCGACAUGCUGCUGGGCCGCAUGCUGCCCCAGCUGGUCUGCGGCCUCGUCCUCCGGUGCUCCAUGGAUGACAGCACUGGCCCGGGGUCGCCCACAGGAGAAUGGCUGCCACAAGACUCUGAGUGCCGCCUCUGCAUGUCUGUGACCACCCAGGCCAGGAACAGCAGCGAGCAGGCCAUACCACAGGCACUGCUCCAGUCCUGUGUCAGCUCUUGGCUGGACAGGGAAAAGUGCAAGCAAUUUGUGGCUCAGCACACGCCCCAGCUGCUGACCCUGGUGUCCAGGGGCUGGGAUGCCCACACCACCUGCCAGGCUCUCGGGGUGUGUGGCACCACGUCCAGCCCUCUCCAGUGUAUCCACAGCCCCGACCUCUGAUGAGAACUCAGCU